CCUCACCUUCUGAGUUGUUUUCUUCCCCUCUGCAUUGCAUAAUUCAUUAUGCUUUGCAGAGCCCAUUUGCUCAAAAAGGAACCCCUUCUUUUUGUUUUUUGGGAAUCUCAAGCUCAAUUACUUCAAUCUUGAUUCACCAAGAUAUUUGACAUUUUUUUUUGGAUCGAGAAGGCUAUGGGUUGAUUUCGCAGAAACCUGAGAUUUCGGAGGACAAUUUAGUUUUGUUAUUAGGUUAAUGAAAUGGCAUCCGGGGAUUUAAAUGCACAAUUAAAUAAGAAAGUUUUAGGCAGUCAUCUAUGGGUGGUCAUUUGCAUAGGGGUCAGUGCGUUUAUAGUAUUGAUUCUGUGUAUCUUAUCUUUGUGGGUCACAUGUCGAAAAAGAUCUAAGAGGACCAAUAAGAAGUACAAUAACCCUCAAAUACCUUUUGUCUCUAAAGAUAUCAGGGUUGACAGUGUAGGGGUCCAAAAUUUGAAUGAUCAUCCAGAAAGGUUAGUUGUCACAGUUCCUGAUAAAUCAAGUGAUAAGACUUCUGAGAACUUGUUAGCGCACCUAGGUAGAAGUAAAUCAAGUGAUGCUGAUAGCCAGUGCAGCUCGUUGUAUAAUCAAGAGAGGCCCUACAGUUCACAAUCAGGUGAAGAAGGGAGUUCUGGUACGGUUCGAAAGCAGCCCUCGUAUGUAACAGCUUCUCCUUUAAUUGGCUUGCCAGAAAUGUCACAUCUUGGUUGGGGUCAUUGGUUUACUCUUAGAGAUCUUCAGCUUGCAACAAAUCGUUUUUCAGCUGAAAAUGUGAUCGGGGAGGGCGGGUAUGGGGUUGUUUAUCAUGGAACGCUAGUCAAUGGAACUGAAGUAGCAGUGAAGAAGCUUCUAAACAAUCUUGGGCAGGCUGAGAGAGAAUUUAGAGUUGAAGUGGAGGCUAUAGGUCAUGUUCGGCAUAAGAAUCUUGUUCGACUUCUUGGCUAUUGUGUGGAAGGGGUUCACAGGAUGCUGGUUUAUGAAUAUAUGAACAAUGGCAACUUAGAACAAUGGCUUCAUGGGGCCAUGCGUGAACGUGGAAGCUUUACUUGGGAUGCCCGUAUGAAGGUCCUUCUUGGCACUGCAAAAGCUCUUGCCUACUUGCACGAAGCUAUUGAACCUAAAGUCAUUCAUCGAGAUAUAAAAUCGAGCAAUAUCCUGAUUGAUCGUGAAUUCAAUUCCAAAGUUUCUGACUUUGGAUUGGCCAAGCUCUUGGAUUCAGGAGAAAGUCAUAUAACUACCAGAGUCAUGGGAACAUUUGGCUAUGUGGCUCCAGAGUAUGCUAACACUGGCUUGCUAAAUGAAAAGAGUGACAUCUAUAGUUUUGGGGUUCUCCUUCUCGAGGCAAUUACCGGAAGGGACCCGGUGGACUAUAGCCGGCCCUCCAAUGAGGUUAACCUUGUUGAAUGGCUGAAAAUGAUGGUUGGGGAUAGAAGAGCUGAGGAAGUUUUGGAUCCAAAUCUUGAAAUUAAGCCUCCAACACGUGCUCUGAAAUGUGCACUUCUGGUUGCACUUAGGUGUGUCGACCCAGACUCACAGAAACGGCCAAAAAUGAGUCAAGUUGUUCGGAUGCUUGAAGCAGAUGAAUUCCCUCAUCGUGAGGAUCGUAGAAACAGGAAGACCCGCACUGCAAGUAUGGAAGUUGAAACUCCCAAGGAGAGCGGUAAUUCUGCUGAGGUGGACUGCAGAUCAGAUAACCAAAGAUCUGAUACAAUACAUGAAUAGAAUGAUGGUGAUAUGUUAUCACUCGUCAACCUUCUGAGUAACCUUUUGACCAAUUAGCCUACCUGCUCAGAGAGGUUUUUGCGAAAAAGUUGUAUGCAAGAGGGCUGUUCGACGUAUUUAGAAAAGAAAAAAAAGUAAAAAAGAGAGGGAUGUUCGAUGGUUGUGUUUUUGCAACUUUUGAGGGUUUUUUCCGUAUUUCCUAUAACAUUUGUUGGUGUAAAUGGAUGAGGAUGCUGAUAUAAGAGAGUUUUGUACAGUUUAUUUUCUGAA